CUGACUCCGAGGAGGGCGGGGUUAGAGACAAAACAAGGAAUUUCCUGGUGAGCCGAGACAACGACGGAAGAAGCUGGACAUCGAGCGUCUGCGGGGGGCUUCUUGUAUUCUGGACCUCUCACUCUCCUCUCUGUCGUCAGGAUGAAUGUGGGCGUAGCUCACAGCGAGGUGAACCCCAACACGCGGGUGAUGAACAGCCGGGGGAUCUGGCUCACCUACCUGCUGCUGACCGUCGUGCUGCACGUCGUCCUGCUCAGCAUCCCCUUCUUCACCGUGCCGCUCGUCUGGACCCUCACGAACGUCAUCCACAACCUGGUGAUGUACCUGUUCCUACACACGGUGAAGGGAACGCCCUUCGAGACGCCAGACCAGGGGAAAGCCCGUCUGCUCACACACUGGGAACAGAUGGACUACGGAGUCCAGUUCACGUCUUCGCGUAAAUUCCUCACCAUCUCGCCGAUCAUCCUGUACAUUCUCGCCAGUUUCUACACUAAAUAUGACGCCACACACUUCCUGAUCAACACCAGCUCCCUCCUAAGCGUCCUCCUUCCCAAGUUGCCUCAGUUUCACGGCGUGCGGAUAUUUGGGAUCAACAAAUACUGACAACGAACUGGACACGGGAUUUUAACCACCAACUCUGGACUUGAGUUCCCCUCCCCUCGUUUCUGAUGAACUGUUUUUUGUUUAGAGUUUGAUAAGAAGAGAAUCAGUUUGAUUAUUUCUUUUCUUGACUGUACAGACUGUGUGAAGUAAUAUAUGAAAGCCUGAAGCUGAACAUUUUUUGUUUUUCCUUUACUGAUCUCUCUGACGUACGUUUGUCCAAAGCCGAACAUUCCGCUGGUCUUCAAAUAAGAGCAACGCAACCUUGA